AUGUCCGCGUCCUCAGAAGGUAGUGUUCAUGGUGAAACCAUUCUUCGCAAUCAGCAAAAAGGGUAUCAAAAUGAUACUCUCAAUCCAUACUUCAUGCAUCCAAACAAAAAUCCGGCGUUGGUUCUCGUUACUCCUCUCUUAUCAAGCAGCAAUUAUCAUUCUUGGUCUCGUUCCAUGACAAUGGCGCUACGUUCUAAGAACAAACUUCACUUCAUCAAUGGUGCUUUUCCUCGUCCAUCAGAUCUUGAUUUCAAUUCCAUUUCUUGGGAUAGAUGCAACACCAUGAUCAUGUCAUGGAUCAAGAAUUCUGUAGAACAUGAAAUUGCUCAAAGCAUUCUUUGGAUUGAAAAUGCAGCUGACAUGUGGAUUGAACUGAAGGAAAGAUUCUAUCAUGGUGAUGUUUUUCGCAACUCUGAUCUACAGGAAGAAAUCUGCACUUUAAAGCAAGGUGACACAUCUAUUUCUUCCUAUUACACUAAGUUAAAAAUCUUGUGGCAAGAGUUAGAUAAUUUUCGUCCCAUUCCUACGUGUGACUGUGAUCCUACAUGUUGUGCUAUCACUAAGAUUCGCACCUACAGAGAUAGUGAUCAAGUUAUUCGAUUCUUAAAGGGUUUGAAUGAUCAGUAUGCCGCAAUUCGAUCUCAAAUUAUGAUGAUGGAUCCACUGCCUAACAUAAGCAAGGUUUACUCUUUGCUUGUUCAACAAGAAAGACAAUCUUGCAUCCCUCUUGAUGAACCAAAAGUGUUAGCCACUCCUAGCACUAAUCGUGAUCCAUAA